AUGAGCAAGCCCCUUACACACGCCAAAAUCAUCGCCCGCCGCUCCGCAGACCGCGGCUACGCCGAACAUGGCGGCUGGCUGAAAACCUACCACACAUUCUCUUUCGCGUCGUACUAUGACCACCGCUUCACAAACUUUGGCAGUCUGCGAGUGCUGAAUGAAGACCGCGUUGCCGCGAGGAAUGGCUUUCCGACACACCCGCACCGCGAUGCUGAGAUCUUCAGCUACAUCCUCUCCGGCGAGCUGACGCACCGCGACAGUAUGGUCCGGAAGGGCGCCGAGGGAGCGCAGGGAAAGGAUUUCUACCGUAUGAAGAGGGGAGACGUGCAGUUCACCACUGGCGGAACGGGGAUUGCUCAUUCUGAGCAGAAUGAGAGUUCGAAGCCCGUGCACUUUUUGCAGAUUUGGGCGCUGCCGUGGAAGUAUGGGCUCAAGCCGAACUAUCACACGAAGACGUUCGAUGAGGGUGCUAAAAGGAAGGAGUUUGUCCCAAUUCUCUCGCCGCUCAAGGCGGGUGUUGAGGCGACGCCGAAGGAAGAGGAGGAAGCUGUUCCUGCUAUCCCGGAGACAAUCCCGAUCCAUGCGGAUUUUGUCAUGGGGGCGGGAAUUGUUGCGCCUAACGGGCGGUUUGAGUGGAUUGUUGGGUCGAAGGACGGAGUGGUGCAGAAGAAGAAGAAGAGGAAUGUUUAUGUGCAUUUGCCGAUGACCAAAGGGGGUAAGGCGAAGAUCAGACUGGACUCGAGGGACGAUGCGCUGCUUGAAGAGGGUGACGGAGCGUUCAUUACUGGUGUUAAUGCGGGUGAUAUACUUGGAGUUGAGAGUGUGGGAGAAGUAGAGGCGGAGGUUAUUGUCUUGGAUAGUGACUAG